AUGUGAUGUCAAAAAUGUCAACAUCACCGUGCGUGCACUGCACUAUGACACCAACUAUUUGCUGCUGACAGUUGUUUUUCUUCAUUCACAAAAAUAUUUAGCUUCAUUCUUUCAUUUCCUUAGUGGUAACUUGAUGUUCGGCAUCUUUUUUCGUGGCUGUCUCUGCAAAGGAUGGCAGUAUCUCACAGCGGCCAGUCCUCCCUUGUACACAGCUUAGCCAGACUGCUCCGAAAUAAUGGUGACUUGGUGCUGGACGGCAGCAGCACGCUGACCUUGCCAGCCUCCAGCUUGCAGCACCUCACCAGGCUGUUUGAACAGUAUUUGCUGUCCAGGAGCCAGCAGCAUGGCUUCCUGGCGCUGCCUUCCCACCCUGCUGACACUGCUUCCCUGCUGCAGCUGCAGUUUCUGUUUGACAUUUUGCAGAAGACUGUCUCACUCAAGCUCAUCAACCCUCCAGAUUUGAGACUUCAGUCUAUGGUGAAAAUCUUCCCGUUCAAGUCACUGAAGUGUUUGGAGCUCAAGCGAAUCCCCCCACACUGUCUAGAGGGACUCAGAGGAGUUUACUCCCAGUUAGAGGUGUUCACCUGCUCAAAGAGCCUGUGCUCCCUGGAGGAGCUGCUUUCUCUAUGUGGAGGAGACCUGAGCUCUGCACUGCCUUGGCUUGAACUACAUACCCUGAACUUCAGCUACAACUCAAUCACCUGCCUUGACCAGUCAAUUAGCUUACUGAAUGUCCUUAAAUCUCUGGAUCUUAGCCAUAACAAGAUCCAAGAAUGUGCUGAAUUUCUAAAGCCCCUGAGUGAGCUGGAACACUUGAACCUUGGCUACAAUUGCCUGCAGAGGGCGCCAAUGCUGGCCCUGAGUGCCAGGACCAAACUGCUCACACUCAUCCUCAGGAACAAUGAACUUGAGACUAUAAAUGGUGUAGAGCAGUUGUCUUCACUCCAGCACUUAGACCUCGCCUACAACCUCCUGUUAGAGCACUCUCAGCUGGCUCCUCUCUCCUUGCUGCACUGCCUCAACACACUUCAUCUGGAAGGCAACCCACUGUACUUCCAGAAACUGCACCGCACCUGCACCGUCAGACAUCUCUCCCCAAAGGCUGCCAAUCUUAGUCUGAAACUCGAUGGUAUCCAACUUUCGUCGUACGAGAUAUCAGUGCUGCCUAAACCAGGUCAGUUAAUUGUCCAGGCCCAGAAGUCUCUACCAGCUGCCAUGCCACCAGAACGGGGAACCCAAGAAGUGUCUAGUGGAGCCGGGGAGCUCACUGACAGCCUGUCAGUUGGCGGCGCGGCGGUCUCAAGCUUUCGCAAAAAGAAAUCCAGGAGUAAGGUCAAAGUGCGCAAGGCCAGCAUAUCGGAGCCCAGUGAUACAGAUUACGUGCCUCGACAGCUUUCCGCCUCACAGAGUCUUGUUCUUCCUCACCAGGAGGAGAUUGAGCGGAUGUCCAGCUUCAGAGAGCAGCUCGGGGAGGAUUGGCUGAGGUACCAUCACCAUUUAGAUGGAGGUUCCCCCUCUGUGACAACUGUCAUCGCAAACCAGUUUAACUCUCAACAUCAAAAUCUCCACAACGGCUUCAGUACUUCCACCCCACGUCCGUCUGCCAGUGCGCCAUCCCUGGUCGUCCCUGUGGUUCUCCCCCCUCCACUUCUCUCGUCUGAGACCAUGCUGAGUACUUCUGACGUGGAUGGAGACCAGGAUACAGAGUCCACGCUACAGUGGCCCAUUGAGAGCACUCAGCAUAUGGAGUCCACUUUGGAGGACAGCACGGUUGACGGUCAGAUUAGUCAGGGAGUUGCAAGCUCUCUUGGGCCAAGUCCAGAUUCCCAGAGGUCAGCACGAACAGGAAGUGGAGACACUAAGGAGGAAGAAGAAGAGGACUUGGGAGUGGACCUGUGUCACCCACUUCUUGUGGGGGUCCUGUCUGAAAAAGAGGAGGAAGACAGCAGCGACAGCGGUGAGGAGAAAGACAGGAGGAGAAGUGAGGUGUUUCUGCGUGUCAAACAGGGUCUGGUGCUGGAGGUGGACAUGCAGCGUGGUCAGGAGAGAUGCCGCCUGGAGCUGAACAGCCUGGCCCGGGUGGAGACCACCGAGGCUGCGUGGAAUCGUUUAGACACGGAAGAGAUGCUUCCAGCUGUGGAGCUGCAUUUCGACUACAUCAGCAGGGAGAAGAGGAGGCGGCGCUAUGUUCUACUGGAUGAUCACCCAGAUCAGGCACUACAGGCUCUAACUGUUGUGCUGACUCGCGUGGUGGAGGAAAACCAGCGGCGAGACUCCGAGCUCCGCCCCAGCUGCAUUCAACUGCAGUGUCUCCGCUGCAGGUCAGAGUUUGUGCUUCAGCAUCCGGGCAGCGAGGAGGAGGGUGGAGAGAUGUUGCGGCGGAGGGGGUCUGCGAUGCUGCCAGAGAGCGGGGACAAGCUGGAGGGGGAGGAGCUGAUUGUGGCAGAACAUGAUGGUGGCGGCAAAGGACACGGUCAUAUUUGCCCACAGUGUGGUAGUGAUCAUGUGGUCGAGAGGACUGGUCAACCAACACCCUACAGCAGUACGCCCAUCAAUUAUUCACCAUUACUUGAGAGUGAAGACGAUCACCUACACAUAAGCCAGAGCAGUCGCAGUGUCCACAAGGUGGACGGCGACACAGACGCCAGUGUCAGCAGCAGUCCCAUCCUGGGCACUGGCAAUGCCACUGAAGACCUGACCGCCUUCAUCAGUGCCAAGGGGGGUUCUUUCUUUAUUGGAGAAAGUCCUGGUGAUACCUACAGCAUCUCCUCCAGCCAAAAGUGCUACAGUAAAGAGGAGUUGGCCGGGAGUUACCACUACACAGCUAUCGGUGCGACACCACCUCAAGUCCAUGCCGUUCCUGUGGAAAGAUCCACUCCAGAAGAUGCUGUGGACUUACUGUCUGAGGACUUUGAAGCGGUUGACCAUCGACUCAAGCUUUUCCUGGAUGUGGAGGUUUUUGAGGAAGAGGAGGAGCUUCACUCUUUCCUCAAGAUGUCAGCUGUCAAAUUUGGCGAGCCUGGGGAGGUUCCGUCGCUGCUGGUGGUGUCAAACCAGCGGAUCUAUUUCCUGGAGAUGACGUCAGAGAUGCACACAGGCCAGCUCUCUGACUGGCUGCAGAAGCGGGACAGCCACCCAAUCGUGGAGCUCAGCUACCUGGAAGUGGGCUUGGGCUCCCAGUGCAUCCACAUGGAGUUCGGAAACGGGGGCAUGGCCUACACUCUGCUCGUGAGGGACAGUUUGCGCUGCAAACGCUUCUUUGGCUUGUUGACAGGAAUCGUGCGGGAGAUGGCUCACAAAUCGGACAGCAUGCUGAAUUCCAUCUCCACGACGAGACUCAACCCUCAGCACCACCUCUGGUCUCUCGUGUGCGAUGACAUCCAGGCAGACGUGGAGGACGGGCAGCUGCAGUUUUUCUACAUCCUGGCUUUUAUUUUGCAAGAGGACAUUUGGACACCACUGACUGUCCUGGCAACGCGGGAAACCCUCUAUCUUCUCAAAGAGGAUCACCAGUGGACAAAAAGCGCCAACGUCUCCACGGAGAACGGAAGUGCAGAACCGUGCAGUGGAAACUUUGCCAUAUUAGAAACUCUGCCAAUCAGCUGUGUGAGCUCGGUCCACCUGUGGCCUUCAGAUCAACGCAGACUAGAUAUCAAGCUUUAUGACGAGACUGUGAAACAGGAGAAGACGUGGUGUGUGCGCUCGGAGAGCGAGGAGCACCUCCAGGGUCUGCUGGCCUGGGUCAGAGCACAGUGGGAGGCCAUGUUCGGAGUCAAGCUUCACACAAGUCUGCAAGAGGAAGCUGCGGGUCCGGGGAGAGCUUCAGAAGGAGAAUAAAGUCAGAGACUGUGUGUGUGGUUGUGAGUGUGUGUAUGACUGGGUGUUUUGUGAGCUUAAUUUGCACUGGGAAUUUGGUUCGUGAGCAAGAGCAAAGGUGUCUUUGUGCUCUUCACAAUCCACACUCAGUAUCUUACUGUCUUUGUCUUCUGGCUGCUUCUAUACUACUACAUUUUUGCGUUAAAAAAAAAAGAGAUACAUUCUACUUUAGCUAUACCUGCCAUCGACAUUAACCUGGUAUUUUAGACGUAGACCAUGUGAAAAAUGGACACAGUCCUUGGAAAUUUGCAGUUUGAUUCGUUUCGAACUGGAAGUUAACAGAUAUUUUCUGAUAAAUGUGAAAAUAUUAAUAUAAUGUUGUAUUGAUGAAGACCUGAAACUAGCAGUUGAGACCGCUAACUCCUCAGGAAAAUGUUUACGGAAGUGAGAAUUAGAAGCUUUGAUUUUCUCAAAGACGUUCACGGAAUGAAGCAGAGUCGCCCCCUAGUGGCUAACUACUACGUCCAUCAUACUUUUCAGUCCUGACAGUCACAACUAAUGGUGCACUCAAGUUGUGGUUGGAAUUUUGAAAUUUCAGAGUAAGAUUUCCACCUUGAAACAUUGGAGUCGUGUCAUAAACCAUGGGAUUUUAAGAUGGCUGCUGUUAGCAGAAAUAGUAAAAACACCCUGCGACUUUUACUGUUACUUGCACUUUUGUCGUAUUUGUUUCACAUUAAGUCAGUCGUAUUUUUAUACAUGGACACGUUGCUACGCUGUUCAUGUGGACGAAAUACCAUGCAGUGUUUUUUUCCAACUUUUCAACUGGAACCAGUUAUUACCAGUUACCGGGACGCACUAUAAAUCUUAUGUCCGAUGUUACUUUUGAAAAAACUCGAGGCUGCGUUUUAGACAAGCAAAAAAACGCAGACUUUUGGAAACGAUGACGCAGUUUCCCCACAUUCACUUCCUGUUUGGGUCUUAUCAGCUUUCAGUUUCACGUCAGAAAAGAAAAUCCUACUUGGUACUCUUCUUCUUUGUGGUUUCUUGGUAGUAAUACUCUCUGAAACGAAGCUUCCCGUUUAGACCAGCACACACAUGCCCAGUGUACAUGAAUGGUCAGCUUUAUUGAGGCCUCCAAUUGGACCUGCAUGGUUUUCUAAGAGUCCACAAUGGGGGAAAACUAAACAUCUUUUGAGUUUUGGCGUUAACUGGAGGCUACGCACCUUUAAAUAAAAAUAUAGUAGUAUGGAUGUAGCCAGUUAAAGAGCCUUCAGUAGCAGUAUAGUCAUCCAGAUAUCAUCUCAUUGAGCUUCUCAAAAUGUAGGCCUUGUUUCUUUUUCGUAGCCGCCAUGUUUGUCAUUAAAAUGCACCUUAAUCAAGCUGAUAGAGAGCAGGUGUGUGAACCCGAGAGAAGAUGAAAUGAUGUGUUUAAUGCUGGGCCUUAAAUAUGUCACCACUCCCUCCCUCCCUCCCUCCCUCCCUCACUCCCUCCUUCUCAUGCCGAGUGCACUGAGUUGGGUUGUCACCGGCUCAGCACGGGGCCAGACCUCAGAGGAGGAGGGGUCACCAUCGAGGGUCACUUCACGCACUCUCCCCAUAUUAGGGUCUUGUGAUGUGCGUCUGGCGAGAAGCCGAAAGCAUGAGAGUUGUUACGUUUUUAAAUCCAAGUGUGAUUAAAAAGAAAUAUCUUGUGUGUCCA